ACCACACGGCGUUCGUUCACAAUGUGGAUGGGGCGACAUCAUAACGGCAAAAUUCUGAUAACAGGCUAUAUGCUAAUUAUGAUUAUAAGUAUAUAUAUAUAUCAUAAGUACGCUAAGCCAUAUAAGACUGAAUACACCGUGAUCGUUUGGUGGAAUCCAUAUGAUACGCAAAUAGAAUAUCAUCGGAAAUGUGGCUAUGUAGAGUGUCGAUUUACCAGUGAUCGGGUGGCUGCUAAUGAUCCUUUUUUUAAAGGCUACUUAUUCCAUGGAACUAAUAUAUCAAUUUCAGAUCUGCCUUUUCGCAAAAAAGAAGUAUAUUGGUCUCUAUACUAUGAUUCUUCCCCCAAAAACGUUCCGUUUCUAUUGCGUGAUUUGGACUUGUUCAAUUUCACUUCAACUUUUAGCCGGUAUAGCGAUAUCCCACUUACGCUACAAUCGUUCAUUAGCUUAGAAGAGCUUAUAGACUACAAAAAAAUGUACUCAUUUGGGAUCAAAACAGCACUUCAACGCAAACAGAAAUUGGCACCCGUCCUAUACAUUGAAUCUCAUUGCGAGACAUUAACAGGUCGUGAACUAUAUGUCACCGAACUUGGAAAGUACAUUUCAAUUGAUUCAUAUGGAACCUGCUUGAAGAAUAAAUCAUUUCCAAAUGAAAUUACGAAUAACUACAAGAAUACCAAUGAUAUCAAGAAUUUUUAUGAUUUUGUGUCUAAAUACAAAUUUACAAUAAUUUACCAGGAUUUAGCGUGUGACGACUACAUUACCGAUAACUUUUGGAAAUCACUCACACUUGGUGUCAUACCAAUUUACUUCGGAGCACCAAACAUCAGAAACUACUUUCCUAAUCCAAAUUCAGUGAUCUUAAUAGACGAUUUCAAGAAACCUGCCGAUUUAGCGGAAUUUUUAACCAGAGUAUCAAACAAUGAGGAUCUUUAUAUUAGCUUCUUAUUACAUAAAACAGCGGACAUAUAUCCAAUUGCGAAUCAACUUUUAGUUGAUCAUAUCUAUAAAGAUGACAUAUAUUACGUAAAAAAUCGGAAAACUCGUUCAAUUGCUUCAUUUGAAUGUUAUGUCUGUGAAAAAAUAACCGAGAGAUACAAACAAAAGGCAGAACAGCGAGAAUUAUAUUGCAAAAUCCCCCAUUUUCCACCGGGUAAUGUAACUUCUAAUGCUAUGCAACGAGUGUCAACAUUUUUGGAACGAAUGGAAUUAGACUCUAAACGGGUAAGAAAGCUCAUAACAUGAAUGUAAUUAUAUGAUUAUUCAAUAAAA